UGAUAUGUUACAUCCGCAUGAAACCGUCUCCUAUUCUAAUACAGAAUCAGACUGUAAAGGUUGAGAACAAUUUAUCAGAGAUCCGCUUUCACCACGAAGGCUUCUUCUGGAGGUGCUGGUUCACUGAGGAUGUCUCCCACGACAGCAUAUGGAACUUCCUGUUCACAAAUCAGCCUCCAUCCAAAUACUGUGUUCAUGGAUACCUCUUUCCCUUGCCCAUUUCAAUCGGACCAGUUCCCCAUCCCUCCUAUGAUGCUGCUGCAGUAUUCCGUGGGUUCUGGACAGCAUUCAUUGUUUAAGCUGUCACUGCCAGUCUGGUGGGCGUGUUCCUGCUGGUGUGUGCUGUGCCCUUCAUGAGCGCCAAGCUGUACAAACUGG